GACGCGUGGAGAGCUGAGCCCGGGUGCGGAGGUCUGACGUCGGCGAGCGGGGCCGGGCUGCCGGGCUCGGCGCGAUGAGCUGCACCAUCGAGAAGAUCCUGACGGACGCCAAGACGCUCCUGGAGAGGCUGCGGGAGCACGACGCGGCCGCGGAGUCCCUGGUGGACCAGUCCGCGGCGCUGCACCGGCGAGUGGCCGCCAUGCGGGAGGCGGGCUCGUCGCUUCCGGACCAGGUUCUUGUGUCUUCAUUUCAAGGUAGACAAAGCAAGUAUUUACACAAUGCGGAGCUGUGGAUUUCCCUGGAGGAACACCAGGAUGCUUUAGAGCUUAUCAUGAGCAAGUACCGGAAGCAGAUGCUACAGUUAAUGGUUGCUAAAAAAGCAGUGGAUACAGGACCAGUCCUCAGAGCUCACCAGUCUCACUCUGCAUUCCAGCUUGAAAAUAAGGAGCUUCGAGAAUUACUGUCCAUCAGCAGUGAGUCUCUUCAGAUCAGAGGGGAGAACUCAGUGGACCCUGCUUCCUAGCCCAUCAAAUAAUGGCUGAAAGAUGUCUAAAGAUUCCCUAUCAAGGAAGGAAGGGAUUGUCUUCCAAUUAGAGUACUGUCUAUUCAUUGUGCUGCCCUACACUUGAUUUCGUUUUGCUUAAAAGUAUCAGGUGGCAGUUUAGAGUUCCAAAGUCAAUACUGGCUAUCCACAGAAGUUUUGAGCUAUGUUAGUGAGAAUCUACAAUGAGUCUCACCAUUCUUUUGUCUAAGAAACAACUUUAAUGUUUAUUUCUAGAACUUCAAUUUAUAUAUUAUGUCUGAAACUUUGAACAUUUUUAGUCAGUCACUUUAUUUUAUAUAGGAUUGUAAAAUACACUUACAGGAAUAUUUAAGAGAUUUACCUUUGUAAAUCUAUUUGGCAUAAAUGUGGAUUUUUUUGUUUCCUUUUGUCAGAGGUAAUCUGUUUCCAUAGAACUAGAUUGGCAAAUUC